AUGGAUGCUCAGCUUCCCCCCGAAGCUCAAUACGGAUCUCUCCCGUUUGAUGUGUUUGUCCUUAAACAUUGGGAACAUGAACUGUCCCAUGAUCAAGAUGGUCAGCAAUGGGAGAGCCUAGUGCAUAGAUACUGGAGACUGAUUCCCCCAGAGCGAUUUUGGAAACCAGUUUUUGUCCGGACAUGUUAUAGAGAGGAUCUAAACGAGGCAUACGAAAUGCUCAUCGACCGGGACGCAAUUGCAGAAUACGGAGAGCUGAAUGAUCGGACACUGUACGAUGGAUCUAGUUUGUCUCAAGUACUGCAGCGCAUCCCACUUCUAGUGGACACACAACCAAUGAGUGUAAUUGAAGACGCUGAGGAUUGGAACUGGAGGCACAAGCAGACCGCCGCCCCCCCCCCAACUGACGAGCUAUCAGAAGAUCCCUUGGGAAGGGCAGGUAGGAAUGAUUGGACACUUCUUUUCAUGGCGGAUGAGGAGGCUUUAUUGGAGGGCCUUGUCAAGAUCAAGUGGAUAGGGCUUCGUGGGCAAUGCAUAUGGGAGAACAAGAUUCACCCAAACGCUCUACAAACCUUUGGUGCAAUACUGUCUGAUGGUCAGGGCUUGCAAGAGCUCGUCGAGGACCGCCUUGGACCGGGCGAACACCUCAGAAUGGCGGUACUUUAUGUGAAUUCCGAAUGGCCUGUGUCCACCCUAGAACAAAUUAGAUCAAGAUUUCUGUUGCAGCAUGGUCAUCAUUUUGUAACAAGCAACGCGUUGUGA